CAUCAAAUCAGAAAAACAAAACCCAGGCGCUUCAACUUUGCCCUUACAUCAGAAACAAGUCCGAUUCUCACUGAAGUAACUUGCCUGAAAACGAAGUCAGAGAAUUUUCCCGGCCGCCAGUAACUGCGCCACAGUCGUUCAGGGAUUGUUGGAAUUUGUUGAGCAGAGAAGAUGAAGCAAGUAGUAGGAAUGGUGGUUUCCAAUAAAAUGCAGAAAUCGGUUGUGGUAGCAGUUGAUAGAUUAUUCCACCACAAAGUGUUCAACCGAUAUGUCAAGCGUACCUCUAAGUUUAUGGCUCACGACGAGAACAAUCUUUGUAACAUCGGUGACCGAGUUCGGCUGGAUUCUUCUAGGCCUUUGAGCAAGCGUAAACAUUGGGUGGUUGCUGAAAUUCUCAAGAAAGCACGCAUAUAUGUUCCACCCUCUGCACCGGUGUCUCAAAAUGUGAGCUCCAGCUCUGUAUCACCUACAGCUACAUCAUGAAUUGGCUCAAGGAGGAAUUUUGAUGUGGCAUGUUCAAGAGUUGAUUAGCUUGUUUGUUGUUGAUGGGUUAGAAUCAGUCCUCAGCAAUUUCACAUGAGGUCUAAUAGAGACUAUAAUGUGUCAUCUUUAUUGUUAUAUGUGCAAAUGAAUUUAGUAUAGGACGAUCGCACAAAAGGAUUUGUCUAUCUGCAGAUUUCUGAUUUUCAUAUUAAUUAAUAAGAAGAUAUUUACAUGUAUUAUUUGCA